GCGUGAAUGCCAUGAAUUAUUACGUGCCGAUUCACAACGUUGAAACUCAAACGUAUGAGGCCAGAUGCAAUAGCAUUUCGGGGGACCGUCGCGCGGUUCGCAUACUCAGCAGACGAUACGCGCUGACAGCUACGGGAUACAAAUUCCUCGAAAUUGGCAUCAACGUGGGCCCACCGAGCUACGUGGAGAUUGCCGUUGGAGAUCAUCGAGGAAAGGAACUGCUGUUGUCUCUCGAAACGUGGAAGGCACUCUACGAGCAACGACGAAAUAUUCAAAAUUUCUUUCGCAACGAUUUCAAAGAUAUCCAUAGUUUUAUAAACGUUGGACCGCUAACGGUGAGAGUUUGUAUGACGGUUAAUAACAUCAAACUCAUACGUCUCGAAUCUGUAAACGUACGCUUGAUGAUGACCGAAUCGACGUUGCAUCGUAUGUUCGAUCUCGAUCGGUGCAUCGAAGCGAGAUUCGAUCGUUUGGUCAGAAUCCUUGCGGCGGUCGAUGCAAAAUUUGCGCAGUUCUCCGAUAUCGCGUCCACCGUGACGGAUCUCAGGGAAGCGUCGAAUGCAAUAUACGCUAGCGAUGCGUUCAAUACGAAUCAGCUCAUCGAUUGUGAGCUCGCAGCUUUAGUUUUUUAGCACGUAAGAUAUAUUAUGUAAAAAAAGAUUUAAUAAACAGGCUUUUUUUACACCCUAAAACGAACGAUGUAUUUUCUUUGCGUGCAUGUCCUUCCCUAUACCUUACUUUUAUCAAAUGUUGUUUACAACGAACAUGAUCCGACAGGUUGAUCAUCGUCCCGAUGAUGUCAUUUUUUUUCCUUUGUCUUAUACGUAUUGCGUAGAUAGAUUGUCUAUUCUACGCGAUAACCACCCCCUUUUCCUAGAAAUAUGUUGUUUACGUCGAACGUGUCCGGACAGGUUCGAUUGUUUAGUCUACGCGAUAACACCCCCCUUUUCCUAGAAAACAUUUGCUCACGACGAACAUGUCCCUACAGGUUCGAUGCGUUAUCGGGUCGAUCAUCGUCCCGAUGACGUCAUUUCUUCCUUUGUUUUUUUCACGUACUGCGUAGAUGGAUUGUUUUUUUAAGUAUAAAUCAUACUAUAUUUUCUUCGCGCGCAUUUCUAUUCGAGCCGUAUAUGCGACGUCCGCUGGAGCAUCGGUUGCACGAAUUGGUAAUCAAAUACUGCAUUAUCGCAUAUCAUAACAUAGAAGCGAGGUGCCGCAAUGUUCCGGCGGACCUCGGCGCUCGCCUUUGUAGUGCGAGACAUAUUUUGUCUUACGACUAUCAGUUUUAUACACCGCCAUUAUAUUUUUUCUCUGGCAACUUCUGCAACCGUCAUUGAAUUCAGUCUCGUCGAGUCCGCGCACAGCUUGACGCGAAGCGUCGAGCAAUCGCAGACGAUCCACCAGCUCGUUGGGGUCGUCCCAGUGCACGUAGUCGAUCUUAUUUUUUGUGUUCGGGUGAAUAAACGAAAAUGCGAUGUUUAUUGUGUGAUCGGUUUUACGUGCCAUCGACGUGCGACGAUUGUUGGCGCUCUUACUGGCUGCGCGCCGCUCGUGCGAGCGCCGUGCGUGUGGG